AUGAAUCCAACUCAUCACGACCCUGCAGAUGCACCUCGACCCCUUAGCAGACGAGACGGGGAGGGGCCUGCUGAUGAAGAGGAGCCAGGUUUCUGGGCUCAGGCCGCACUGGCGAAUCCUUGGAUGAGAGGCCGACGGAAUAGUCAGAACGCGUCAACCAGGCUAUACGCACUACGCGAGAAUGGGCUGUACCGUGAGCCUGUUUUGCGUGCGUCCCGGUCCUCCUACGAUGGCCCAGCGUUUCACCGAUUAGUCGGAUGGAGGAGCGAGAACGUGGAAGCCCUUUUGGCACAAGCAACUGGUGCGCAGGUAGUACCUGACCAAGCUUGCAAUCACUGCCAGCGGGGUCAGGGCUUGUUUACAUCCUGCCCCAAAGCCCGUAACUCGCAAACUGAGUUAUGGGCUACACGAUCAGUUGCUACCCUUUAUGAAUUCUAA